AAAGCGACCACUGACGCAGAGUUAGCGCCUGAAAGUCUUUUGGUAUCGAAUAGAGCCGGUGAUAAAGAAAUCCCUUUGACUACGGAAGAUUCCCAAACGGCAGAUCUACGUACUGUAAUGUUAUUACAGUGAGUGUCAACGAUGGACGGAGGAAGUUCUGCGUUACCCGGUCCUACCCUUCCCACCGCGGCUCUGCGUCUGCUGGUGUCCCCCAUCCGCCUGGUGUCUGCUGCAAUCUGGCACACUGUGGAGCAAAAGAUUGUGUCUGACUAUGGCCUGCUGGAGGAGUUUGUGUUCAUGGUCACAGAGAUGGUUCCUCAGCUUCUUUCUACAAGGCAACGAGCAGAACUCAUUCUGGGCCUCAGAGCACGGCUGAUCCUGGAACUCUGCCGUUCUGAUGAGACGGCUGACCCUCAAGCUAUUCAACCCCACCUGGACCGAAUGCAGAACCUCAAGUCUCUGUGGAAGACGGAGUCUGAUGCAGAGGUGUCUGAUUCUCAUUUUGUCAGCCUUGUUCAAAAUCUGCUCAGAGAUCCAGAGGAAAGGAGGAACUUUUUCCAGGAUGUUUUCCCUGGAGACUUUGGUCCCACAUAUGACAAAGCGAUUCAGACUCUGAUGUGGCUGUUUCUGGCCAGACUUGAAAAGCUCCUUCCUGCUCAAACUCUUCAGCAGGUUGUGGCAAUGAUGAGUGACACCACUUCUAUUCUGAAUGAAUCCAUGGAGACGUUAGUUCAACCUGAAGAUCUACGAGCUUUGCUGGACACACAGAAAAACCUCAUCCAGCUUGACGAUGUUGAGUCUUACGUUGUUGACAGCGGUAUCUUAUCAGCUCUGUGUCUACCUCGUGUGGAAAGAGUUGUGAUCGUCAGUGAGCAGACAGAAACCGAACCAGGGAGCAGUCUUGUGUACACGGUUUGCUCAGAGAUGGAGGUGGAAUCUGAUAACAAAGAAAUGUACGUAGAGGUACCUGGAGGCACGCUCGAGUGCGCCCAGCCGCAGUGGUUUGGCAUCAGUGCCGAGGUAAAGGCUGAAAGCGACAGUGUCCUUGUCUCUGAUCUAAAUGAGGCCAGCGAAGGGGAAAUGGUGGAAGACCAUCACGAUGUGCAGAGCGGGACUUUGAUCAUCGGGGAGGACGGCCAAGUGACGGUGCUAGACGGUGCGGAGAAGAAGCCGCAGAGAAGAGGGAGGAGAAGGAAAUGCCCGGAAGACGACGAUCAGGAUUACGAGAUGGAAAGUAAAGGAAGGGGCUUUAAGGGAGACAUGGACACAGACCCUUCAUGGGAGAGACCGGUGAGAAAGAACCGAGGGCUUAAGAUGAAAAGGUACCUGUCGCAGUGGAGGAAAUCCGGCAAGACGUUGGGCGGUAGUGCCGCCAACAGCGUUUCGGUUCCGGAGAGUUCAGCCAAGGGCAGCGACUUGGAUGACAGAACGUGCAAGGUGUGUGGCAAAGUGGUGACCCAGGCCAAGUUCCUACAGAGACACAUGAAUCAGCACACAGAGGAGCUGCCCAUCGCCUGCCCAGUGUGCAAAAAGUUUUAUAAAAGUUUACGCUUCUUGCAGCAACACAAAUGUAUGGGUUCAGCUGAAAUAAACCCUGACAAGGAUUCUCAGGAAGAACAAACCGCCGCAGAGAUCGGUGAACAGUCAACCAGCGGGGUUAUUUGUGAAGGAUUCGACGAUGAUCAGCCUCUAGACAGCGACACCCAGGAUCCCGACUACAUUGCUCCUGUGAAGUUGUCCGAGGAGCUAGGAGAGAGAAGUCCAGACGGAAGUAAGAGUGGCCUGGAAGGUCCGUUCUACUGUCCCCACUGCAGGGUGGAGUUCAAAUGCAGACAAACAUUCAGGUUCCAUAUGAGGAACAUUUGCUACACCGAGCAGCAGGUGGAUCCAGAGAAUCCCCCAGAUGAUUUGAAACACUGUUUCAGGUGCGACGAAUGCGACAAGGCCUUUAAGUACAAGUCAACCUUAGAUUCUCACAAGCAGACACACAACCCGCUGUACUGCGAGGUGUGCAUGAAGCUAGUCCGUGACUCAGAAGCCCUGGCCAUGCACAAGGAAUCCCACACACCGUUCCAGUGUAACCGGUGUGAGCAGAACUUCCCCGUGUUCAAGGCGCUUCACAAGCAUUACAUCGACGAGCACAACCCCACCGAGCCUUUCACCUGCCAGCACUGUCAGACGACCUUCUCCAGUUUGAAGCGCUUUAUCCGACACGAGUGGAAACACACCGGUUACCAGCCUUUCCAGUGCAUUCACUGCUCUAAGAGGUUCCGCUCGUACUCCGACCUCGUGGAACACCAGAAAAAACACACAAAGGCGUACCCGUACCUUUGCUGGGAGUGCGGCAAGAAGUUCCGGCAUGGCGUCACUCUGACUAGGCAUGUUGAGCGCGUGCAUCACACUGGAGAACCGGUGGAUGAAAAACCUGUCACCAUCUUCCCCUGCAGUCAGUGUUCGAAGACCUUUACCUCUAGAAGGUGCCUCCUGAAACACGAUAACUUCCACCACAAGGGGAUGCGUUUCCCGUGCGAGCAUUGUGGGAAGGGAUUCUUUGGGAAGGACGCCCUUGUCAGGCACACUUUGAUUCACACUGGAGAAAGGCCGUUUAAGUGCGACGACUGUGAGAAGUCUUUUAGAUCGGCAGCAGAACUGAAGAUUCACAGAAGGUACCAUACUGGGGAAAGACCAUUCAAGUGCACCAUCUGUGAGAAAGGAUUUGUCCAGUCAUGUUUUCUUACUCUACACAUGCGAACGCAUACUGGAGAGAGACCGUAUGUGUGCGCAGUUUGCAAUAAGGGCUUUUCAAGUUUGCACGGCCUUAAACGACACAGGAGACUUGUUCAUUCCUAGUUUCUAUUAACGCAAUGCUAAUUCUAACAAAAUGUUGAACGAUUUGUCUAACUUGUCCCUUAUAAAGGAGGUUAGUUUAGCUUCAGCUAUGUGCCAGAAAAAUAAAAACAAGAUGCUUGUGUUGUUAAAGCUCUCUAGCAGUAUGGCUGCUGCCUUGAGACAUGAAAACUUAAACACCUUCAGUAAUGUUCAUAAUAAAUGUGGUUGCCACAGAUUUGCGUCAGCAGAAAUGUAAAAAUGUACUGAGCUAUAAAAAAAAAUGUAUCCUUGUAUUUUUUACAGACAUGUUUUCUGUAGUUCCACAUAUACUUAUGUAUGUGAUUUACAAUGUUAUUUCUUUAGAAGUUAAGAUUUUCUCCUUGAAUAAAUGUCAUUGGUCUCAAAUA